AUGACCUCGGCAGCAUCAGAAGAAAAAAUGGACCUGGAGGCGAAUGCCAUGGAAAUACGCAAGGCACGCGAGUCGUCGUCCAUCUUUCCUCCCAACAGGGGGGACUCGAUCCAGGAGCUGGCGUUCUUGGAUCUCAAGUACGAGGUGGAGAACAUCAGGCCGGGCAUGGAGGCGGAAACCCUUAAGGUGUUGGAAGGCGUUUCCGGCCAGGCCAACUCCGGAGAGAUGCUCGCGCUGAUGGGUCCCUCAGGCAGCGGGAAGACCAGCCUCCUCAACGUCCUCGCACAACGAGUCCCGCACAAGAGCGUGACCGGGAGCGUUUUCGUGGAUGGCAGUCCGCUGUCCAAAUCCUUCAAGAGGCGGAUGGGCUUCGUAUUCCAGGACGACAUGUGCCUGUGGAACCUCACGGUGAGGGAAACGGUCAUGUUUGCCGCGAAGCUGCGCCUGCCCCAGUCCACCCCGGACAAGGAGAAGCACGAGCGCGUCGCGGAGCUCCUUGAGCUGCUGGGCCUGUCGCAUGUCGCCGACGGCAUCAUCGGGAAGGAAGGAAGGAGGGGCAUAUCGGGGGGAGAGCGGAAGCGUGUCAGCAUCGGGGUCGAGCUCAUCACCAGCCCGGACGUGUUGUUUCUUGACUCCAGCACGGCGCUGAGCAUCACGCACGUGCUGCGAACGCUCACCCGGAAGGGCAUGAUCGUCGUCUGUUCCAUCCACCAGCCGAGGUCCAACAUCUUCUCAGAGUUCGACAAGGUGCUGCUGCUCAGCAAGGGCAACACCGUCUACUACGGCUCCAGGAGCACCAUCGUCAAGUACUUUGAGGCCCUGGGUUUGGAACUCCCUCCAGAGACCAACUCGGCCGACUGGAUCCUCGACUUGACGACAUCCUCUACGAUCGUACAGGGCGGGAAGACCCUCACCCAAGCCUACCAGCAACGCGCAUUGGGGCCUCUCUCGUCGGACAUGGCCGUCCCCACGGCAUCCACCGUCACCAAGACGCGAGAUAGGCUCAAGGGCAGCGGGUCGGACAAGUCCGAGUGGGUCACGUCUUUCGGCUACCAGCUCAAGGUGCUCCUGCAGAGGCAGAGUCGACAGUCUAGGGGAGAGGUCUUCAACUCGGUCAACUUGACCCAGAUUUUCGUUGUCGCCCUGAUAGCCUCCGCCAUCUGGUGGCAGAGCGAAAACGUUUCGGACAUCGCGGGCACCAUGUUCUUCAUCUCCAUCCAGCAAGCUUUCAACGGCCUGAACACAAGCAUGCGCGUGUUUCCUCCCGAGCGAGGCCUGAUGAUCCGGGAGCGAUCCACGGGUUCCUACCGCGUUGGGCCGUACUUUCUGGCCAAGUCGACCAGCGACAUCGGCCUCUACACCGCAGCCCCGAUCCUAUACGCCACGGCCGUGUACUGGUGCGUGGGCUUGAGGCCCGAGGCCGGCGCGUUCUUCACAUUCUUGCUGCUCUUCAUGGGACAGGUCAUUGUCGGGCAGAGCAUAGGGCUGCUGAUCUCGACGUCCAUUGCGGACAUCUUCACGGCCCAGUCGUUCAGCUUUGUGCUGAUCCUGUCCCUGAUGCUCUUCGGCGGUUUCUACGUGAACAACAACAACGUGCCGGAGGGACUAGGGUGGCUCAAGUACCUGUCCUUCCUGUUCUACGGGUUCGGGGGGCUCCUGCACAACGAGUUCCACGGGCGGGAGUACUCUUGCGAGAACGCCACGGGCAAGGGGCUGUCAGGCCUGGACGCGUGCGCGACGAACGGGUCCGGCACGGUCACAGGACAGGACAUCCUGGACGAGUUCGGAUUCUCGAACGUGAACGUUUGGCAAAACGUCGGCAUCCUCGCAGCGAUGAUCGUCGGCAUGAGGUUCCUGACGUACCUUUUGAUGCGGAGAUUCACAAAGACGAGGACAUGAACGCCGCGUAUGUUAAUAAUGCCGGUAUUUUGUCAAAUAUGGUAGGCGGAGGCUGGCUUUGGGGCGAACGUCCCGCGCUGCUCGGUGUUGUGCCUGUGAUAAAAUAUCGGGUGUCCGCUGCCGUUACAGAAUGAAUAGAAAAAAUAACUCGUGGUAACUUUAAGGUGUUCUCUAUGGGUGUUUUGAAAGCGAAAUGAUGUCGUUGAUGGACCUAGGCAGAGUGGGGUUCGGUAGGGCGGGGUUGGAUGCGAGCCAGCUUGGUUCGCCGGUGGCAGUCAAAGGGGGCGAAAGGCUUCCGGGACGCUGAACUUGCGGAAGGAAGCGGCCUGCGGGUGCGAGGGUUGUACGAUAGGUUUGUGGGUAGGAAAAACGUGGCCAUCAAACAACGCAGGGGUCAUCAACUUUGUCUCUCUCUUUGUCGACAUUGUGAGGAGCACGCUGUUCCUUGAUUGUGAGGUGAUUUGUGCAGCUUGGUGGUACAGGGCCAGGCAGAAAUGGCAGUGGGUGGCGGCGGCAGUGAACCCUGCAGCGGCAAAGCAGGUGGAUGUGGCUUCCUUGUCUUUUGUUGGGGAUGUAAACAUGCAUGUGGGGGAAGGCACCUACAAAUAGGUCCCUAUCCUGGAGCUCGUUGUAGAGAUUUCAUAUUUUGUUUCGAUUUUUGAGGACAAUACUAUAGGACGGUAUGCAUGUGUUGGCACAGUUCAGGUCUUCGUCUCGAAGACCAGUCAUUGGUUGGGGAUGCACGUUAUUGAGACUCGUGUGAACAAUCUUCGAGUGGGAGCGUAGCUGCUGCAAGCGUACACCCUUCGUGCAACGUUGGUGCCAAAGUCACGAACAAGUUUUUGGAGAAAACCGCGUCUGUCUCUUCUCGGUCUUCUCUUGUCACCGAAGUGAUUUCGUGCUUCGAUUUUCGCGACCCCCUCGAUGACACACCGAAGCUCCACGCAAUUUUUGAGCCGCCCCCCGACGGCCUGAGCAACCAAGCGGCCAUCGCAUCGCCCGUGUCGCAUGACGGUACGCUCCAUCAGUACGUUCAAUGCGGUGUUGUGCUUGCGUGUGUUCAUGGAGAGCCAAGGCAACCGAAACUAAAACACUUCAUGCAGUGUUUUUUUCAUUUAGUUUGUCUAUUUUGCAAGUAACUUGCGUGGGUGGAUGGUUUUUCAUGUGUCAGCGUGCAGCGGGGGCGAGAGCCUUGACGGCGGCACCUGGGACGGAAUAUUCCAGGUGUGGGGGGGUAAACUUGUGUACUUAGUUUUAGAACGUGUCACCUGUGCCUUGGUAGUAUCUUGAGCCCCCCACGCAUUCGUAGGUCAAGUCUAUGCGGGGAACCGGCACGGCUGGUGCGAUCCCGGCGAAACACCCCGGUCUACGGUGGUAGUUACGAUAGAAUCAUGUGAGUUUUCUGUCUUGAUCGGCGAUCUUGGGUUGUUUUUGAUUGGUUAAUAUUCAUGUAUUGCUUGGCCUCGUGUCUCGCGGGAGCGGUGAUGGGCUCUGUGUACGAUCUCCUUUGUCUGGCUGUUUCGGGCACUAUUUAUGUUGUACUCUUACCGCGUUUGUGUUGAUUUGUCUGCGUCCGUUGUUAUCUCUCCCAGAUAGUUCUUCGGUACCGUCUCAUGGGUCUGUAGUUAGUCAGCGACCACAUAAUGUCUCCGUCAGUUGGUAUCGAUGCUAUACGGUGCUGAGCUGAGGUAGACGGGUGAUAAAAAUAUGACAACAGG